AUGGACGUAGAGGUCGCGAGAUUGGAACUUAUUAAUUGCUUUCUGACCAUGUUAAGCGAUGAAGCAUUUUCCUCACCGAUAUUUGAACGAAUGAUAAAACUUCAACUACACGAUAAUAACAUAUCUACUUUAAGGAGGGCUACAUUCCGUCCACUUAAAAGACUGGAAUAUCUCUCCAUCAACAACAACGAGAUAAAAGAGGCUGAGCAAUUUUUACUCCAAGACACCGCGGUAAAUUUGGAAAAUCUCGAAUUCGAACAAGCUAUCAGCGAUGCGGAAGUUCUCCGGAAUAUCACGGGAGGGAGCACUAGAUAUUAUAAUGUAAAAGAAUUAGCAUUACGAUACAAUCAUAUCACAAUUAUUGACUCGCGACUCUUCGCUGGCAUUAUCAGGCUAGAAAAUCUUUAUUUACAAUAUUCGAAUAUAGAGACUGUCGAUGCGAAUACAUUCGAAUGGAUGGACUCUAUAAGACAGAUAUUUAUAAAUGACAACAACAUUUCUACCCUGCCCAAAGGCUUGUUCGACUCAGUAAUUUCGCAUAAAAAUAGUUUAAUCCUGUCAAUUCACAAUAACCCGUGGAACUGUGAUUGCAAUCUCAAGUGGAUGCAAGACAUGAUAAUACGUCAUCCAGGGGUAGUGCAAAAUAUCCCGAUCUGCAGUUCGCCCGAAGCAAACCGCGGAAAAACCUUCACGGAUGCGGAUUUUUGCAAUCAACGGACGACAAAAGAGACGAGUGUCGACGACACGACGCAUAGCAGCGUAACAUCAACGACAACACCUGGACCCACUAUGAGUGUCAACUGCGAAACUAUUUUCAAUCAUCUGUAUUCUGCAAAUUAUUCGCCUCGGAUGUUUUCGUCCAACAAUAUCGAAAUAUCAUUACGACUCCACAAUUUCUCCGUGACGGAGCUCGUGAACGGGUCCACUUUGCUUAACGUCUCGGAUUCAAACGAUAUAUUUUUUAUAUGGUUCGACAACAAGGUGCGAUUGAACACCUCCAGCUUAAACAACUCGGUACAGUGCGCACGAGUCAAUGGUCACUACAUCCUGCCGAUUGAGCCGCGAAAGAGCUACACGAUAUGUUCGUUGGACAACUUGAGUUUCUCGCCGCUCAACUGUUUGGGUAUGAGCAUAUCAAUUAGGUCUGAGGACGGCUUAUCCGCUGAUGAUAAUAUUGACAUGGACGUGAUUAUUAGUGUAUUUGUGAUAUCGCUGUUAACAGUGUGUUUUCUGAGUGCAAUACUAAUGUUCAUUAUAGUGCGACGAUACCCAGUGAUGCUGCGAGGAAGCAAACGAAUCGUGAUAGUAAAGCGCGGAACUCCGAACGUUAUGGUACUUCCGAGGGGGCUUUCAAGCGACACUGUCGAAUCCGCGAAUAGGAACACGAUACCCACGAUCUCGCAGAACUUGAAAGAGAGCGGAUACACCGUACUCCUGCCACCGACACGAGACUUGCCUCGCAAGAAUUCAAGGAGUUCGGCGUCGAGUGAUGACAUGAGUUACAUUUCCGGCAUCGAGCCGACUUUGUCGCAGCUCAACUCGUGGCGACUUAAAAAAUUCAGAUAUGUAAAUCGAGAAACCGAACCGCCCCCGUUACCGCCGCACCCGCAUCCUAAUACCGCACAACCGUUAUCGAUAGUAGAGGAUAAGGAUGAGGAUGAAUCCGAUUCGUGCACGGUGUAA